CGAGGGCAGUGGGGGUGGAGACGCAGAGACCACCAGCAUUCGAGUCACAGAGGGCACCUGCAUUCGAGUCUCAAAGGCCAUCCACGUUCGAGUCACAGAGACCACCAGCGUUCGAGUCGCAGAGACCAUCGACGUUCGAGUCACAGAGGCCACCAGCAUUCGAGUCACAGGUUAGGGGAGCGGCGGUAGAGACACAGACACAAGGCAGGCAGGCAGUGUUUGAGCCUCAGCCCAGGCAGACGAAUUUGGAGACGCAGGGGAGACCACCAGUGUUUGAGACCCAGACGAGACCUACGGCGUUCGAGUCACCAGCAAGACCGACGUUCGAACCUCAGAGGCAGACAAUGCUCGAGCCUCAGCCAAGAUCUACAGUUCUCGAGUCGCAAGCGAGACCCGCGCCAUUCGAGGCUCAACCAAGAACUGCGGUGCUUGAAUCACAGGCAAGACCACCUAUGAUGCUGGAAGGUCCAGCAAGAUCUACGGGGUUCAUUUCGCAGUUACAGUCUCAGUCGCAGUCUCAAUCGCAAGCAUCUCAAAGGGUGGUAGGAGAUGACAGAAUGGGCAAGGAAGAUGUUAUUCGGGAGAUCGUUCAACAUUGUACUGCGCUAUAUAAAUUCGCAGAUCAUUAUUCCGCCCUCCAAUCUUCCAACCCACACAUCCAACCACCCCCAGAAGAACUCGCAGAAAUGACAGCCCGCGCAGGAGAAGUCGUCCGUCUCCUCGAAGCACUGCGAAACGACGCACCCAUCUUCCCAUCCUCCCUCCUCUCCGCAUCCGCAUUCACUUCCGGACACCACGCACUCGUCUCAGUGCACCCACACUCCCUAGAAGUCAAAGGACACAUGACCUCAAGCUCUAGUCUAGGAAUGGGCAUAAUGGACGUAGACGCGCCCGAUCGGGCGCCGAAGCGCCCUUGGGAGGAUGUAGAAGGUAUGCUACCUCCCGGAUCCGGGCCUGGCAUUGCCCCGUCUUCAUCGGCAGGGCACGUUCAUGUUCCUCUCGUAUCUACACCGGGGUUAGGAGCGGGGCAGAUCUCCGGAACGGCAAUGACAGCGAGUAUGGCACAAGAUCAAGACCGAUCGAUGGCCGAAGCGGAUAUGGAGCUUAUAAGGACUAAGAGAGCGCUUACGACUAUGGCGGCUGCUGCUGCGUUGGGCGGGAAUGGAUCCGGAGGGGGUGGAGGGAAGAAUAAGUAUCGGAAGCGGAGUCGCGCGACACCUCCUGGAAAAUGUCAUUCUUGCAAUAUUCGAGAAACGCCAGAGUGGAGACGGGGACCGGACGGUGCGAGGACGUUGUGUAAUGCGUGUGGGCUGCACUACGCGAAACUCGUGCGAAAACGCGAGAAAGCCCUCGCAAAUGGAGAAUCGCCCUCGAUCCAGCGCAUCGAUAUGGAGAUGUUACGCGCGAGUGCCAGAGCUGCGGAUGCCGACAAGGGGGCACGCGCUGCAUUAGGAGGGGCCGGAUCUGCCGGUGGAACCGUCAUGAAUUCAGUCGGCGGAAGCGGACAUGGGAGUGGAAGCGGCAGCGGUAGUGGUAGUGGUAACGGCGGAGGAGACGACAAGAUGAACCUAGGCAUCCACCAAGGCUCGUUCCAGAUUAACACAGACCCUGGAGAUACGAUGCAGGAUCAAGAUCCUAAUCUGAAUUCGCAAUCUAGCGCGGGUGGAAGUGGGAGUGGGAGCGGGACGUAUGCGCGUCCUCCGCGCCCUGCGAACUCGAAGCGUUCGUCGUCCGCUAGGGUGAUACAGUCCCCUGGGCUUGGGGUUAGUAUGGGCGGUCAACAUCCGUCUGCGGGCGGUUCGCAUCAUCCGUCUGGGCAGACGCAGUCUAUGUCCCAUCAUACGACGCCUUCUGGGUCUCAUUUGUCGACGCCGUCUGUGCAGCACCAUCAGACGCCGUCUCACCACCAGACACCAUCUACGCAACACCAUCAGACGCCGUCUGCGCAUCAUCAAACGCCAUCUACGCACCAUCAAACGCCAUCUGUGCAACACCACCAAACGCCGUCCAUGCCCCAUCACACGACCCCUCAUCAAACUGCUAAUUCGUCAUCGGGGUCUACGUCACGUCACCCACCUGCUGCGUCUCAUACGCCUGUAGCACAGCCUGCUUCCCAGGGGCAUCAUCAGUCUUCGAAUACUUCUGCGCAUCAUCAGCCGACGACGCAAGGCCAUCAUCAAUCUACUGCACAAGGGCAUCAUCAAUCUGCGUCGGCUCAAGGGCACCAUCAGCCAACGGCGCAAGGACACCAUCAAUCUACAUCCGCACAAGCGCAUCAUCAAUCUGCGUCCGCACAAGGACACCACCAACCACACCACCCUCCAUCUCGUGGACCGCCGCCUACGCCGCCUUGGUACCUGCCCGCCACUAAUCAGUCGCAUUCGAUGUUGAGGCAGUGAGGUUUAGAGAGUCAAUCAUUUUAGGUUUCGAUCGUUACCCACAAUAAGGAAGGGGUACGAUGAUAACACACCGGUUACCUGAGGGGCUAUACCUAUUCGUGAUGGCUAUGAUGAUAUCACACUGGUCGCCCAAGGGGCUAUACCCAUUCAUGCUGAUCUGAUGAGGUUCGUACUCAUCGAUCCACCCACAUCGUUUUUCAAUUUCUCUUGCACAUCUCAAAUUUUCUGUUGUUGUUCUUUGUAUUACGCAUUGCACUGUCCAUCUGCUCGGUACUCUGACUUCUUUCAAGACUUUGCUUCGUCAACGUUUCGAAUGCGUUGUUGUAAUUCAUCUUCUCUGUUGCAUCUUUCAUCACCCCUGCACCCCCUGUCUGUCCUAUAUGUAUAUCGCAUAUAAUGAUUUGGUUCUGUAAUGAACUUGUAAUUUUUUUUCUUGGCUGUUGCCUAGAGUGUGUAAUCCAUGAUACGACGAUCCGUGUUUUUUACUA